GCUUGCAUCAUGGACUCCCAACGGAUCUGGCACGAUCCCCUGGUUGAAGAGAUGGAUGGUCAUGAGUACGACAAGGCCAACCAGUUUGCCACGUACAAGGUGUAUGAUGGGGGCAACCGUCGAUGGUACCGAUGCGAAGUUUUUGAGACGCUAGGUCCCGACAUCCCGGGGAUGCAGGCGCUGCUCGCCAAACACAUCAAGCAAUACCACGAGGAAAGCAACAGCCCCCCCAGCUGGAAUACAAUGUGCAAAGCGUCGGCGGAAAGCGAUCCCACCUUCGAGAACCGCCCUGAUGACCGGGUCUCCGAACCCACCCACGACGACAAGACGCGCCCGGUGUUUUACAAUGGUCCAUUGAUCCCCACCACCUCCAUUCAUUAAGCUGGAGAACCUUGAAUACUUCAGUCGGAAGGCAGACCGUUGCCGCUGGAAUAAUCGAGACUGCAUCUUCAUGCAGAUCCAGUUCAAGGAGGACAACGAUGACAUCAGGAACGAGAUACGCAUUCGCGAGACUCUCAUCGGACGGCUUCUCGAAGCCAGGGAUAUUGACACGGAGAUGAUGAGGCGGUUCCAUGUCGUUCCCAUCCAAGCUGUCGUCCUCGCCGACGGGGCAGCAUCGGGACGGUGGGCACCCGGGAGCGUUGCCGGCGGACUCAUGCCGUAUUGUGGUCCGCCCCUGGAGAGGUUUGCAAUUGAUGAAGAAAAGGCUACUGAGUUGCCGGUGACGGGGAGGCAGCUCCAAGAGCUCGUUCAAGCAGUGCGGGACCUUGACGGCUGUGGGGUGAAGCUUGGAUGGAGAGAAGCUGCGUACGGGGGUAUCGUCUUCCAGUCUGGUACGGGAGGUGGAGAAGGGAGAUUGCUGUUCGCUGAUUUCGGAUCAUUAUCGGAGAUUGGUAUCGUGUGGGGGAAGAAGGAGACGAAGAGCAUGGGACGCCUGUUGCGUUGGUGCGCCCAGCGUGCUCAUCCGCUGAGAAACGACUCCGGGGCAAGGCAAUGUGUCCUUGACAUGGCGAGGAAGCUCGAGAGUGUGACGCCGCUGUGAUGUACUGGAGUCUCUCUACUGAGAAGCAGCCACAUGCGGCCAGCGAAUCGAGGGCGUAAUAGUAUAUGUAGCUGAUGGAGGAAGCAAAGGAGUAUCAGUGUGUUACGGACGGACGGGACGGGUUAUCAAAAAGCAGACGGAUAUGUUAGCCGCAGCAACUACGCGAUUGCCGCCCACCAAGCUAAGGAAUCCGGCCGAAGUGUUUCCGGCCGUUGCGGCGGAUCAGCGUAUUAUUUGGUGAUAGAUUUACA